CACUUCCCGGGCCGCGGGCCGCCCCUGCCGGCCGCGCUCCCCAUGGCGGCGGUGGCGGGGGCCGGCGGCGGCGGCGCCUCGGCGGCGCUGGGCGACGGCGGCGCCAUCGACUACUCGGUGCACGAGGCGUGGAACGAGGCCACCAACGUGUACCUGCUGGUGGUGCUGGCCAGCCUCGCCCUGCUCGUCUACGCGCGGCGGAACAAGAGGAGGAUCCUGCGCAUCUUCACCCUGCCCCCCGCCGCCGAGACGCCGCCCGAGCCCAACUUCUACGACAGCAUGAAGAAAAUCCGCCUGCGGCAGCAGCUGGAGAUGUACUCCAUCGAUACAGGUGUCAUGAUGAGGAGCUUCUCAGAAACAGAAGUGGAUGAUGAGUGGAGAUGAAGAAAUCAUACAUUUAAGAAGUUGGCUCAAGUUUCCGUUACAGGCAUGGAAAGUUUCUGAGACCAAGCCAUGCGAGAAGAACAUGAGUAAAGAAGAGGGAGAUGUAGACCCAGACUUUCUAGAAGGGAUUGCAGGAUUUGAGAGGACGCUGCACAAACGUCACGUAGUUUUCUUGCUUAUUCAUUUACCUGCACCCCUGAACUGUAAUACUUUGUUUGCAUGUCUGUUUGGAAGUUGAAAAAUCCCCUCACAUCUGUGUCUUUAAUAUAAUCGUGGCUUCAAGCUUGUUUUAGGAAGAGCAGAACAUCGCUGUAGUUUUUAUUUGUGGAUGAGAUAGCUGCUGCUUUGUACUUUAAAUCAAUUUGGGGUUUUUUUUUGUUGAAACAAACACUGAAUAUGGAAAAGCUCAGACCAUUACAAAAUAGGAAGUUAGGCUUUGCUUACGUUUAAUCAACAGCCUUUGCAUAGAAAGUAUGACGACAGGUGCAUAGGUAAAAGAAAAAAAAGUAGUGCUAGCCCUGUAAUUUGAGUAACCUUACAAUGUAUUGUUCUUAUGGUGUCCUUAGACAGAUGCCAGAAUCAAAUAUCAAUCAAUUUUAUCUUUUCUAUCUGACUGUUGGUCAGAAAAAUGUUCUAGGUAAGAUUUCUUGCCAGAGUUGUGGGGUUAUAAGUGCAGAUUACUUAGCAUUGAAUUAGGAGAGAGCUUUUUGGAGAGAUAGUUUUUUGAACAUCUUGGCUGUGCCGUGAAGUAUCUCAAAGGAAAUACUGGCCAUGCAGUCCAACAACUUAAUGAUGCUGUGAACAGAUUUGAUUGUAGUAAGUCUCUGAUACAAAGUUAUUAAGACUUUGAUGUAUAUGUAUUUAAAAUUUUAAAAGUAUAUAUGUUUUUCUGUAUUGAAAGUAUUGCUGGUAGUGGCAGGCAAAGAACAUCUUUAUUUUUCUUAUGAACUCCUAUCUGGUGUCUUAUCCUUAAUAAAAGGCUAUGGUUAUUUUUGUAUACUGACUGAAUAUUUGGCCUUUAAGAGUAUGUAAUUAGAUAGAAGAGUAAAAGCAGUUGUUAAAGGACUAUUUUUUUUAAUGAAAAUAGUUUGAAAUCAUAUAAUUUUAGUUUCUUCCGAAUAGAUGUGAUUAGUGUGUUGGAAAUAGUUUUACAGUGGAUAUAAAGGGAACAGUUCAGAGACAGUGGCUGAGAAUGUGUCCAGCUAUUUUUGUAGUUACAUUUUUCCAGUUUUAUUUUUUUGGUCUCUUUACUUAGAUAUUUCCAUAUAAUCGAGGCGCUACAUCACAAUGGGAUACAAAAACUAUUUGCACUUUAUAAUAUUUAACUUUUAAAAUAGGUUUUAUUGUAUUAUUUGAUAAGUAAAUUGCAAUGACUGUGAGAAAAUCCUAGCCUAUUUUAUUACUUUGAUAGAAAUUUGAAUAUGGGAUAGUAUUGUCUGUAUCAUAUAAGAAUGUUUUCUUGGAUUUUUAGCUGCUGAAACUGAAAUCAAUAAACUUUAGCUACUGUUGUUGAAUGGAACAAGUAAAUCUGCACAUUUGUUUUCUUCGUGUUACCUGUACCCCUGUGUUCACCUAGUGUUCCUCCCAGCUUUGCUCCUUUCAUGGUGUUUGCCCAUGAGGCACACUCAGUGUGGGUUCCUGCAUGUUCUUGUGGAAGACUUUAUUGAUGGAGAACUGUGCAUUCGAGUUCGUGCAAUUAAUCUGUUUUCUGAAUAAACCUUAGAGAAUCUCAGUCAAAACAGAGUCCCAGGAUUAGAGUAGCCAAUGGAUCAGUUUGGAAUUUUAAAUAGAUUUUUCAGUAAUUGAUGACAGUGUUUUCAGGUAGAUGAUGGUCUUCUGCACCCCUGAAUUUCACAUAUGAUUAGUCCACCAGCGUAUCCCAGAUGGAAAGUGCAUUAGUGAAUAAUACAGUCCAGGUUCUGGAUUACUUUAGAGGAUGGAAAAUACUUUUUGCUUAACUGAGAAAUUUUUAAAACUGAAAAGGGUUAUUUUUCUUGUAAAACCAUAGUACUUUGGAUUUGAAAGAAACAAACUUGUAAUGUAGCCCACAUUUAUUGUAAUCUAUUUAGCUAUUAGUAUUAAAUUAAGUGGUUAGAUAUCUUCAUGUCUGCUGAAGUUUUAAAGAAAAAAUCAAUUUGUGAAAGAUAUCUGGUUAAGGGCUUGGAGACAGUUUUGAUUGAAAUAUUAAGCCCAUUUUAGGAGAAAUGUAUUCCACUGUUUCAGAGCAACUCUUUUCCUCACAUAAUUUUAUUAAUUUGAUUUAAUUAAAUAUCUGCUUAAUUCAAAAUGGAGAAACUGAUUGAUAGUUCAAGAAAUGGCAUAAUUAAUUUUCCCCAUUUUAAUUUAUGUGUAGAAGAGAUGGAAGAGGAAAUGAUUUAUGUGACUUCUGAAGGUCUUGGUGAUAAGAGACCAUUUUUUUAUUAAUUAUAGAUUCCUUGAUUACUCCCUUAAAGGAAAAAAAUACUUUAUAUUCUUUUUGCCUGUGUAUUCAGUGUUCUUUGUUUAUAUGAUUAUCUACUUGCUCAUUUGUUUUAUGGAUAACAGUGGGUAAAUUUUCCUUAUCGGUAUGACAGAGAUAGACCUUGAUCCCCUCCAGAUCUUGCAAGAAAUGUGCUCUGCAUGUUCUUCCAUAUUUCAGAGGACUCUUGGCAUGGUGUGAUUGUCAUGCGUGGCUGCCAUAGACUUAAUUUUAUUUAUUUUUGGGGGUUAUUUUCUCCUUUUCUGCUUAAUUUUUUCAGCUAAUUCUGGAAUUUUCACCCUUCCUUGUGACUCUUCUCACAGUGCUUGUGUGGAGCAGAGAGAUCUGUGUCAGUGCUGGGCCACUCCCAUUGUUGGGUUGGUCAUUUUCUGCAUGGGAGAUGCCUAGUCUAGAGAAGUCCCAGCCUGAGCCAUGGUGGCCACAGCAGGAUCCUGGCAUGACGAGCUCUGGUUCUCACACCAGAAGGCAGGGAACAGGGGAGGGCUCCUCAUGGAAUCUCCUUUGCCACUCCUGACCUCUCAGCAGCAUCCAUUCUAUCUUUUCUCCUCUCGGGCUUCUGAGAUGUGUCACUGCCAUCAUCGUGGCUUAGCUAGGAAUGCCUCAUCCUGAGGCACAGUAGCCACCGGCCCUGUUUGCUGGUGCCAAGUACUCAAAUACAUUCUGCUGCCUAAUAACUUCCUCCUCCCUGCAGCCUGUGUGUCAAGCAGAGAAAUUUUAGUUGUUCAAGCUCUUUGGGAAGAUGAAUACACUCAUCAGUCCACGUGUCCUGUUAUCUUGCCCAAAC